UGUGUCGCUCAACCAGACUCCGCGAACGCAGCCAGUGACUUGUGAAGAAAAAGCUUGCGAGCCGGACAUAAAUCGAUAAAUCGAUGUUGCCUGUCUUCCGCAAUGUGACUGGACGUGCUCAAUAAUAUUUGCAUCGGGCCAGCUGAUGAUGAUCGAUAUGGAUUGUUGGAAAAGUCACCCCACAAGCAUUGUCCGAUCGUUGAGAGAUGCGCGGAACUUCAAGGGUUUCGAUGGUAGGGUAUAAAUAUUCUACUGGACCUGCUCUCCAAUCCUCAACACACAGCAGCCAAUUCUACAUCCAUCGGCUACUCUACUUCGCAUUCCUUUAUUCUUCCUACUUUGCCGCCAGUAAUAUCAGAAUGUGCUACCGCGAGGUGUUUCAGACAAGAUACGCCUGUGGUCACGAACAGCCGACAGCUGAGAGAAAGGUUGACUGUAACAACCGUCGGUGUCGGUCCAGUUCUUUCCACCCGUCCAAUUGCGCAGUUUGUCAUGCAACAUGUGCACAAAGUUUCGAGAGAGCGCGACCAAUUGUCACAGCCGUCGGGAACGGGCUCUGCUACCACUGCGCCCACGGGGUUGCAUGAAAAAAGAUCGACGAGAUAGUUAGUAUUAUUACCUACCUGAUGAAGCUCCCGUGUACUAUGUAUUUAGUUUGGCUUGAUAUGUAUUUGAUCAUGAGUGAUGCAGUUUUGGUGUUGGUACCUCACGCCAGCAGCGAGGGCCGGAUUUACCAUAUGGCCAAAGGAC